AUGACAGGCUUGUUUAAAGAUGAGCAACCUUGUGAAGCAUCUAAAGAAGUAUCCACUACCAAUCGGUCGAAAUUUGAUCAAGAAACAGGCUCUUCAAAUACACUCGAAAGAGGCCCAGGCGAAGACAUUAUUGUUAAGAGUCCGUCUUUCUUAUACUUUCCACUCCAAAUGGACAGAACCCUUGUUAGACAGGUUGUAGCAGAAGCCUUGGGGAGUUUUAUUGUAAUGUUCAGCAUUGGUGGGAUAAUUGCAAGCACUGAAUUGAUGAGAGGCCAAGUAGGGUUACUGGAAUAUGCAGUCACAGCGGCAUUAGCAGUGAUCAUGGUGGUUUUCUCCAUUGGCCAUAUUUCUGGUGCUCAUGUUAACCCUGCCGUCACCAUAGCAUUCGCUACUGUCGGUCCAUUUCCAUGGAAAAAGGUUCCGUUGUAUAUAGUGGCCCAUGUUGCAGGUUCUGCCAUUGCGACGUAUGCAGCAACGUUGGUGUACGGCAUGAAACCCGAGGUGAUGACCACGAGACCACUUGCGGGAUACUCGGCCGCAUUCUGGGCGGAGUUCAUGUCAACCUUCUUCGUAUUGUUUCUUACCGCUUCGUUGGUUCAUGCACCUCCAUCUGUAACCCAAUUUUCUGGAUUCAUUGUAGCAGUUGGCAUUGGGCUUGGAGUCCUAAUCACAGCGCCCAUUUCAAGUGGAUCGAUGAACCCAGCAAGGUCACUGGGUCCAGCCAUCGUGUCGUUUAACUUCGACGGUUUGUGGAUAUAUCUAACGGCUCCAAUACUUGGGUCCGUUUCUGGGGCUUUCACGCUUCGCAUGUUGAAGCCGUGUGCAUCCUCAACCCCCUCUUCCUCCUCAUCAUCUUCUCGACGCUCUCAAUUUCUUCAGCUUGAUUAG